ACAUUCUGUCCCCGCCCACGCCGGUGAGUAGCUGAAUCGAGUCACCUCCGCGUUUAGCUGCGUGCGGAUCGUCGCUGGAAGACCUUCGUCGUCGCUCCGGGGUAGUUGAAAGCCGUGCCAUGACGUCGGAAGGAAGUCCUGUGAGCGACACGGCUCCAGAAAACCAAGAGCCUGAUCAGCAGAAUGUGGUCAGUCGUGUGGUCAGCCUUCCGCUGGUCAGCUCGACCUUCGACAUGGUCUCCUCAGCUUACGCCUCCACAAAAGAGACCCACCCCUACCUGAGGUCCGUCUGCGACGUGGCAGAGAAGAGCGUGAAGACCCUCACGGCGGCGGCCGUUGGCGGUGCCCAACCUCUCUUGACGAAGCUGGAACCUCAGAUUGCAACGGCCAAUGAGUAUGCUUGCAAAGGGUUGGACAAACUGGAAGAGAAACUGCCUAUUUUGCAACAGCCGUCGGAGAAGGUGGUCGCAGACACGAAGGAGCUGGUCUCCACCAAAGUGACUGGGGCCCGGGACACCGUCUCUGGUACCCUCAACGGGGCGAAGGAUGCUGUGGCCGGCGGCGUGAGCGGUGUGGUGGAAAUGGCCAAAGGGGCCGUACACGGUGGCGUGGAAAUGACCAGAUCGGUGGUGGCUGGCAGUGUGAACACCGUCCUGGGGUCUAGAGUGGGUCAAAUGGUCACCACUGGUGUGGAUGUGGUCCUGGGCAAGUCCGAAGAGCUGGUGGACCAUUAUCUCCCGAUGACGGACAAAGAACUGGCUGAACUUGCUACCUCCGUCGAGGGUUUUGAAAUCGCCACCGUGGAGCAGCAGAAGGAGCAGAGGAGCUACUUCGUUCGCCUGGGGUCUCUCUCGGCCAAACUCCGUCACCGAGCCUACCAGCACUCUCUGGGCAAGCUGAGGGAUGCCAAGCAGAGUACCCAAGAUGCCCUCGCCCAGCUGCACCAAACCAUUGAGCUGAUGGAACAUGUCAAACAGGGAGUGGACCACAAGCUACAUGGCGGCCAAGAGAAGCUGCAUCAGAUGUGGCUGGAUUGGAACCAGAAGCAAGCUCAAAGCGAUGAGCCACAGAACUCCUUGGUGCAGCCAGAGGUGGAAUCCCAGUCUCUCGCCAUGCUAAGGGGCCUCACCCAGCAGUUACAGCUCUCCUGCGUCACCCUCGUGUCCAGCAUUCAAGGCCUUCCCACCAACAUCCAGGACAGAGUCCAGCAGGUCCGCCAAACCGUCGAGGGUCUCCACUCGUCCUUCUCCGGGGCUCGCUCCUUCCAAGACGUGCCGGCCGCCCUCCUUAGCCAGAGCCGCGAGAGCAUCGCCAAGGCGCGCAGCUCAAUGGAUGAGAUGUUGGAAUACGUGGUGCAAAACGUCCCCCUCCCCUGGGUGGUGGGGCCUUUUGCGCCCAACCUGGUGGAGCUUCCAGAUGUGCCGCGGACCGAUGGCGAGGCAGCAGAGGGAGUUGUCUCCCAGGCCCAGGAAGACCCCGCCGAAAAGCCUAAGACCCCGCAAAAGGAGCCCUCCGAACCGGAGAAGGAAGUGGGCGCGGGCGUGUCUCUUACAGUUACUGGAGCUGAAACGGCGUCGGACCCAUCAGCUGCAAGAAUGUCGUCCUCAGAAAGCGAAGCUGCUGCCUCUACAGUGACUGAGGAACAAGACCCGAAAAAUGUCGCGGGCAGGGUAGCCAACCUCCCACUGGUCAGUUCUGCCUACAACAUGGUCUCUGCGGCGUAUACAUCCACGAAGGAAAGCCAUCCCUAUGUGAAAUCCGUCUGCGACGUGGCCGAGAAAGGCGUCAAGACCAUUGCUUCGGCGGCUGCCAGCGGCGCUCAGCCCAUCUUGAGCAAACUGGAGCCCCAGAUUUCAACAGCCAACGAGUUUGCCUGCAAAGGGCUGGACAAGCUGGAGGAAAACCUGCCGAUUCUUCAACAGCCGACCGAUAAGAUCAUUUCGGACACCAAAGAUUUGGUGACCUCCACCGUGACGGGAGCCAAGGACGCCAUCAGCAGCACGGUCUCGGGUGCGAAGGACGCCGUUGCCAGCACCGUGACCGGGAUGGUGGAUCGAACCAAGGAGGCGGUUCAGGGGGGCGUCGAGAUGACCAGGUCUGCGGUGGCCAGCGGAGUCAACACAGUGAUGGGCUCUUCGGUGGGGCAGAUGGUGACCAGCGGCGUGGAUGCUGUGCUGGGGAAAUCGGAACAGCUGGUGGAUCACUACCUUCCCAUGACGGAUGAGGAGCUGGCUAAGCUGGCCACUGCCGUCGAGGGUUUUGAAAUCGCUACCGUGGAACAGCAGAAAGAGCAGAGGAGCUACUUCGUUCGCCUGGGGUCUCUCUCGACCAAGGUCCGUCAACGAGCCUACCAGCACUCUCUGGGCAAGCUGAGGGAUGCCAAGCAGAGUACCCAAGAUGCCCUCGCCCAGCUGCACCAAACCAUCGAGCUGAUGGAACAUGUCAAACAAGGCAUGGAUCAUAAGAUCAAAAGUGGUCAGGAAAAGGUGCAGGAGAUGUGGAAGCAAUGGAGUCAGAAGCAGUCCCCCGAGCUGAGCCAGAAGAACGUCCCUGAGCCCGAGCAGAUGGAGACCCAAGCCUUGGAGGUCUCCCGCAGCCUGGCCCAGCAGAUUCAGUCGGCCACCAUGACAUUGGUCUCCAACCUCCAAGGCCUCCCGGCCAACCUCCAGGAGAAAGUGGGCCUCCUUCGCCAGAACGCUGAGGAGCUCCGCGUGGCCUUUGUGUCCGCCAAUUCCUUCCGCGACCUCUCCGGCACCAUCUUGGCCCAGAGCAGGGAGAAGGCUUCCAAACUCCGUGAGCUGACAGACGAGUUGAUGGACCACGUGGUGCACAAUGCCCCCCUCUCUUGGCUGGUGGGACCCUUUGCUGCGUCCGGCAAGGCGGAGGCAGAGGAACUAGAGAUGCAGUAGUAGCGUAUAAGAGUGCCAGACCCUUUUAGAAAAAUAUAUACCGUAUUUUACGCUCUGUUAGACGCACUUGACGACUGGACGCACCUAGUUUUUAGGGGAGGCUCCCCGCUCUCCUGCAGAGACUUCAUUCCAUGGCUAAGCCAGAAGCUAGAACAGCCAGCGGGAUCCCGCUCACUGUCCUGGCUUCCUCUUUAGCCGCACGUAGCCUUCAUCCCUUCCCGGGAGAGGCUGCGCGUGGCUAAGGCUCCCCCAAGAGCCAGGCUCCCUUUAAAGAGCGUGCGGAGUGUGUGUGCGGCUCUUGGGCUUUUCCCCGAGGAGGGAGAA